AUGCAAUCGUUUGAUAGAAAUCCAGAAGACAAGACAGUCCAACUCGGCUCGGGUGUAAUAUUUUACUGCAUCAACUCUGGCAGUCUUCCCCUAGCGUCUAUUAGUUGGGAGAAAGAUGGCGCACUAAUUUCCAAUGCUGCGAUCACAAGUACUGAACUCUCCAGCACACAAACCAGCAGUAGUCUGCUGAUAGCAAACGCUCAGAAAUCAGACGAAGGACUAUACAAAUGCGUAGCCACAAACAGGUUGCUUAGCAACAACAGAGUAGAAAGCAAUGCAGGGCGUCUUAGCGUCAACGCUCCUGAUGUUGCUCCUCAGUUUACUAUUUUGCCUUCAGAUCUUAUAUUAGCACCUGGUCAACCGGGAUACAUCAACUGUAAGGUGUUGGGAAGUCCGAUGCCCAUUAUAACGUGGGAGAAUGGUGCAGGUGUAUUGGUUGGUAAUGAUAGCACGGUUACUGUUCUGGCCAACGGCUCUCUGUAUUUUGCUGCUGCUACGUCCAGUGACAUUGCUAGCAAUACAACGUUUCGAUGUGUAGCCAGCAACAGAGGUGGAUCGAUUAGAAGUCACUUGGUAUCGAUCAGAUUGGCAACUUGGACAGGGCAAUUUCUCUUGGAACCGGCGCCUUCCAUAUCGAUUGCCGGUAAAAAUAUCACUCUACAAUGUAUCCCACCUGUCAGCCUUCCUGUGGCCUCAGUACAAUGGCUUAAAGAUUUCAAUCCAGUCAAGGCAAGACCAGAUGUAACUUUAUUGGCUGGUGGGAACCUACAGAUCGGAGAAGUUCGAGUUUCAGACGAAGGAGAGUAUCGAUGUACUGCAGAGAACACAGUAUUACAUCUGUCCGUCGUCUCUCAACCAGCAAAGUUGACUGUCAAUGUACCACCAAAAUUUGUCAUUGCACCUGUGACUGUGAGCAUCAACAUCAAGUCGGAGCUUCGUUUGAAUUGCUCUGCUUCAGGAGAUCCCAUGCCUACUAUUGAAUGGUUUUUGAAUGGAAGACGACUUCAGCAAGAUCACAAUGUCACAAUCACAAACGAAUUUCUGUUGAUACAUAACACAUCAGUAGAAGAUGAAGGCAUCUAUCAGUGUUCUGCAUCAAAUGCAGCUGGAAUGGUUACUGUCCAAGCAUCAGUUGAUGUGCAGAUUCCACCAAUCAUCUCUCGGGCACCUGUGAAUGUUACCAUAUCUGAAGGAUCUUCGCUGACAUUAUUCUGUGAAGCAACCGGUGACCCAUCACCAGUGAUACAAUGGCUUGGACCACUACUAACUGGUUACUAUGGAAACCAACUGACAAUAAACAAAGUUAACCGUACACAAGAUGGAAUCUAUAAUUGCAUAGCAACUAGUGUUGCUGGAACGACAACAGCAGCUGCUAUUGUAAAUGUACAAUAUGUUCCCGAGAUUUUGUUUGCCUCUGCCAACUCCACGGUUAUAGUUGGAAUGGAGGUGAACUACACUUGUCGUGCGGAUGCUGAUCCUAAACCGACUGUGUCAUGGCAUCGAUCUAACAGAGUUGUAGGAAACAGUUCUGUAGGAACGGCCGCUCUCUAUUUCUCCUCUGUUCAACCGACUGAUGAUGGCAUCUACUCAUGCACAGCAAUAAACCAUCUAGGACAAUCAACGACAGUUAGACGACUAACUAUCUAUGUGCCACCACGAAUACUUUUGUCUCCGCAAGAUGUCACCACGACGGUACGGAGGACUCUUAAGCUGCAAUGUCAGUCGUCUGGUAUACCUACUCCAGAUGUAAUGUGGGAGAAAGAUGGAGUUCGAAUUCGUGAGGAGCAAGGCUCUACUAGACAGAUCUCUAUAUCAUCAGAUGGCACUCUGUCUAUUACUGCUGUCUCUAUAUACGACACGGGCCAAUACACGUGCAUCAUAACAAACUUGGUGGGCUCACUCAACAGCUCUGCAUACGUCAUAAUUCAAGGAAAACCCGAUCCUCCGUUCAAUGUUCAAGCUACUGCGAUCAAUUCCUAUGAGAUAAAUCUUCAUUGGUCGCCACCUUUAUUUACAGGAAAUACGGCCAUUACUGUAUAUGUAAUACAAUACCGAGAAGUCGGUCAAAAGUCAUGGAAUGUGGCAUUUCAAGUUGCAGAUAUCACGUCUUCUAUCACUAUUGGCCAUCUGACUCCAUUUUCUGAGUAUCAGUUUGCUGUUUCCGCAGAAAACUCAAUAGGAACGAGUCCAAAUAGCAACAUUACUACAGCAACUACAUAUCAAGCAGCUCCUGCUAUACCUUUGAUUUCUGAGGCACUGCCGCUUAGUUCGAAUACGAUACGAAUUCAUUGGCUAACUCCUCGACCUGUCAAUGGCAUUUUACAAUUCUAUGAGCUGCAGUACAGUGAGAUAAACGGAGACGUUGAUUUAAAGCCACUUGUAUUGAGGAUCAGACCGGAUCAGAAUAACAGAACAAUAUCAGAUUUGGUUAUUUUUACUGGGUAUGUGUUCAGUUUGAGAGCGAGUACUGGUGAUAGGAUGGAUCUUUUAUGGAGUAACUGGUCGAGUCCAGUUAUGGUCAAGACACUGGAAGGAGUUCCACUGAAACCUCCUACCAACUUAUCAGUUGUCAAUGUUAGCUCGACCACUAUUUCUCUUCGUUGGACAAUACCAGAACUUCAUACAGUUCAGGGAGUGCUACAAGGAUUUAUGAUCAAUUACAGAAUUUCUCGUUUGAACAAUACUGAGUUGGUAGCAACAGUUCCACCAGGACAGAACAGAUCAGUGGUAUACAUGCUAACAAAUCUCCGACCGAGGAGUACAUAUGCUGUCUCUGUAUCAAUCUAUAAUUCUCUCAACACUGGCCCAUAUAGUUCCCAAAUUGAGGUUGAAACAGAAGAAGGAGUUCCAUCCGUUGCACCAACCAUCACAUCCAUCCAAGCAACAGGUCCUCACACAGUAUUACUAACAUGGCUUCUACCUCCUUUGGAAACUCACAACGGCGUUCUUAAAGGCUAUCACAUAUGUUACAAACAUUUGUCAGAAUUAAAAUUUCAAAAGGAAAUUAUCCUUCUAAACGAGACAAUUUCCUCGCUAGAGAGAAAUUCUACAAUCAGCAACCUCGAUGUCUAUUCAUUUUAUGAAAUUAAAAUCAACGUGUUUACAAAUGCAGGAGACAGCCCGUCGAGCUACAGUAUGAUUGUAAGAACAGGAGAAGGAAUACCAAGCUCACCAACUUCCAUUCGAGUUAUUGACAUCACUCGUACUACAAUUACACUGACAUGGCAGCUGCCAAACUCAGUCAAUGGAGUUAUACAAUACUAUACAGUCUAUUAUAGUAAUGACAUCAUGGAUAGAUCUCGGCAGAAAGUCAGCAACGAGACAAUGAUUAUUUUGGAUGGACUUUCUCCAAACACGAAAUAUAGCAUCUCGGUCACAGCAACUAAUGGAUAUCAAGAGAGUCUUGGAUCCAUUCCAAUGAUCGUCAUGACUGAGUCUCUCCCUACCAGUCAACCUCCAUUGACAUCAACUGCUUACAGUCGUACACAAUCUGUGUCAACUGUCGUGUACACCACACAACCAGUGCAUUCAAAAUCAUCAAAUCAAGUACAUGAACCAACUGAAAAAAGCAAAACCCAAUCAGCAGUGCGGCUUGCCAUCACAGUAUCUUGCGUCCUUGCUGCAUUCAUUCUAAUGACGUUGAUCAUUCUUUGUGGACUCUGCUGCUGCAAGAAAGACCGAGAUAAGUCAUGCACUUGUUGCUUUCAAAAGGAAGAACAAAAACGCUAUAAACUUGCACACUUUGAAGAUGAGAAGUCAGAUGCAGGAGACUCUGGUUGGCCUCUCAGCACAGGAGACAAUUUUAGCUUUAAGAAAGCUGAUGAAUCUGUUUUCGAUUUUCAAGAUUCGUUUCUUCCAGGACAAGAUGAAAGCGACUACAAAGGAAGUCAUGAACAUGUUGAGAUGGGAUACGAUGUGAGUCCUAUAUCAAGACAUGAGAUGGACUCAGGAUUCAGUACAUUCAAACCUGGUCAUCGCCCACUAUCUACAGGACCGUCUCCAUAUUCAUCACGCGAGAAUCUGACUACCGCAGAACAUCUAGGCGUUGGACAAGAUGACAUGACAGAUUUGGAACAAAGAGAGGUUGAAGACUCAGUAUUGUAGAGCAGAAGCAGAUGCAGGUGCAGCUGGUAGCUUUGUAUCUUAGUAGUAGUGUGGCUAUACAGGUGCUGCGUUGUCUUUAUUUUAUACAACUAAUGUUUCAUAUGAAAUGCAUUAUGUCAAUAGACUGCUUUACUUACUCGGUGUGAUAUAUAUGAGAUUUAGGUAUCGAAUACGGGACAUGU